GUGGCACUGCUGAUGCAGACGGGUAAUCAUGAUCGACCUGUAAACAGAGAAGCAUGUUGAAGUAAAGUGGGGAUGUUGUGCGAACGAUUUCAUGAGUGUUUCUCAAUGAAACUUGUGUCUGAAAGGUCGAAGCUAUUAACGUAAGCAGAAUGGGCAUUGUUUUAAGUCACACAAUUGUUGCGUUAUUCCUGCACUACCGCAAUCGAGAUCGUCAUUUUGCUCAGGGUGCUUUAGAACAAAAUUCAUCUUCCGAGAGAUUCUUAGACCAGGAGGCGCUCUCCUCCCUGGAGAAUGUGACCAGGAUCAGAGAUCUGUACAGUACAAUCAGAGAGGUCCUAACCACCCUGCUCCAUAGAAAUGUGAAUUCCAUUGUUUAUAUCGCUGAUGAGAAGUCAGGAGAAUUGUAUGCUGAUAGGGAGAAAAAUCAUGUCGCACCAAGCCACGGCAUUGUCAGGGAAACAAUAGAGACACAACAGUUUCAUGUUCAGAGUACAGAUGUAGAUGAGGACCCAGUCAUAGCAGUGUUAAAGGCCCAAUGUAAACUCCCAUCUAACUGGAUCCCUAAAACAGUUUAUUGCCUGCCUGUAACAGAUGAAGAAAAUCAGAAAAUAUUGGCUCUAAUUGUGAUUGAGGAUAGUGUAACUGUAGAAAUUAACAAAAUUGUUCCACUGAAGCAAAAGAUUGUGGGAUGCUAUAGGAGACUCUGUAAAUGUCACAGGGACAGCUCGUCGAAUUACGCUCCCUCCAGCAUGCCCAACUCUACGCCAGCCGCCGGUGGCAGCGCUGACAAGGAUGCCAUACUACGACUUUGUGGUGACCUUUAUGACCAAGAUGCAUCAAGACUUCAGUUAAAAGUUAUACGAUUUUUGGAGGAGCAGACCAAUGCAGAAUGUGCUUUUUUACUGCUGGUUGUGCCAGAAACACAAGAGUUAUUUUGUCAAGUUAUUGGAGGACUAGUUCUCGAGGAAGAAGUCAAGUUUCCUGGCCAAAAUAGUGUUUUCAGUUUGCCUUUAGAUUCAAAGAAACCAAUGAAAUUAGAAGACGUACCUUUGGACAAAAGGAAAGAAAUAGAAAACUUUGUAGGAGUGAAAUUAAAGUCCCUGUUAUGUGUUCCAGUGUCUAGCAGAAAUAGUGAUGGUUUAAUAGCUUUAGCAUGUGUUGUGAAUAAAAAAGAUGCUGAAAAUUUUUCCAAUGAAGACCUCCAGACAAUUCUCCAGUGUUUUCAGUACACAUCGACAGUCUUAACGAGUACAUUAGCAUUUCAAAACGAACGAAAGCUCAAACUUCAAACUCAGGCUAUGCUGCAGGUGGCAAGAAAUCUAUUCACUCAUUUAGAUGAUUUAACCAAACUUCUCCGAGAAAUUAUGCAAGAGGCAAGAAACCUGACACAGGCUGAAAGAUGCUCAGUAUUUUUGAUUGACAAAGAAACCAAAGAACUUGUUGCAGAAGUAUUUGAUGGGAUAUCAACCAAUAGUAAAGAGGAGUAUAAUGAAAUUAGAAUGCCAAUUACUCAGGGAAUAGCGGGCCAUGUCGCCACUACAGGGAAAUUGCUGAAUAUUAAGGAUGCUUACUCCCACCCAAUGUUCUACAGAGGUAUUGAUGAUUCUACAGGGUUCAGAACUAGAAAUAUACUGUGUUUUCCUAUCAAGAAUGAAAAAGGGGAUGUUCUGGGUGUAGCUCAGCUCUGUAACAAGAAGACAGGACAACACUUCACCGAGUUUGACGAAGACUUAGCCUCAGCGUUCGCCGUCUACUGCUGUAUUAGUAUCAGUCAUUCGCUGAUGUACCAGAAUGUUUUAGCGGCACAGUAUCGUAACAGUUUAGCCAAUGAAUUAAUGAUGUACCAUAUGAAGAUUUCCCCUGAUGACGUAGAGAAGCUGCUCCAGAGAGACAUUCCCUCUGUCACACUGUGGGGGGAGGAGUUUGAUAAAUUCCCCUUCCCUCCCCGAGAGAUUCCAGACCCUGACACGCCACUGAGUGUUUUGGCCAUGUUUGAAGAUCUUGGAUUUAAUUCUCGAUGGAGGAUAAGAAAAGAUACUCUAGUUAGAUUUGUGUUGAUGGUGAAGAAAGGCUACAGGAACCCUCCAUAUCACAACUGGACCCACGCCUUCGCUGUUGCACAUUUCUGUUACCUCUGUGUCAAGAACCUCAAUCUUCAACACAGUCUAGAUGAUAUAGAGCUGUUAGCAUUAUUUGUGUCGUGCUUGUGUCAUGAUUUGGAUCACCGGGGUACAAAUAAUCAGUAUCAGUUGGCUUCAAAAUCUGUGCUGGCUGCCCUGUACAGCUCUGAGGGAUCCGUAAUGGAGAGACACCAUUUUGCCCAGACUAUGUGUAUAGUGAACACGGAGGGCUGUAAUAUAUUUGAGAACUUGAGUAGUAAGGAUUACACCUCAGUGUUAGAUCUUGUCAGGGACAUCAUUCUGGCCACAGAUCUCUCUCACCACUUAAAGAUCAUGAAUAGUCUUAAAGAAAUGGCUAAAGUUGGCUACGAUAAUAAGAAUGAGAGACAUCACUCCUUGCUGCUCUGUUUACUUAUGACCGCUUCAGAUUUGUCAGACCAAACCAAGCCAUGGGACAACACUAAACAUGUAGCGGCUUUGAUCUACAGGGAGUUUUUCUCCCAGGGAGAUAUGGAGAAGUCCCUGGGCCAGAAGCCAGCAGAAAUGAUGGACAGAGAACGAGCCAGGAUUCCAGACCUUCAGAUUGGAUUCUUGGAUCACAUAGCUCUCCCCGUGUACAAGUUGUUGGCUGAUUUGUUUCCUGCAUCAGAGAUUGUGAGGGACACAGUGGUCGACAAUCGCAGACACUGGGAGAAGAUCUGUGCCCUGAUUAAGAUUCGGCGCGGGGGCAGCUGUGAGCAGAUGAGUUACGACCAGAUACUGGCCCUGGAGGAGGAGGAAGCUAAUGCAGAAAUAGAGAAUUAUAAUCUACAGAACCAAAAACAGAACGGACGGUGACAGCAUUUAUCAGGAUUCACUUAGUGGAUAGAGAAACCUCUCAGCUACUGUUCUGUUACAGGGACUAUAAUUACAUUACAAAUUCACAAACGUGACAAAAGAUAUUCAUUUUGUCAUGAUUUAUAGCAUUUGGCUGUUAGUUUAAAACGUGCUUGCAUUAAGAAGCAGAAUGUGAGGCUAUCACUACAAGUUUAUUUAAGAAAUCCAUAUAGAAAGUUGCCAUGGGGCCAAAAAGGGGGAAAUUGUUGUUCAGCUUAGUAGGGUUACAUUGGCAGAAAAUACAUCUUCUUGUUUUAGUCAGUAUGUAGAAGAAGUGAUAACAUAAAACAUAUCAUGGGCAUAGUUAGCUGUUACUCAACAGCUCCAGGAAAGUAAGUAUCUAUCAUAUCGCAUGGUUUUAUUUGUCUUGCAUUUGAUUGCAUUUUCUUUGAAUGGCACUGUUAAAUGGCGCAUUCCAUGUUUGAACUCAUUAGGCUGGGAUCUAUCAUCUGAAAUUUAAGAAUUUUGUUUAACACCUUAGUUUUGUUAAUUUUUAUCACCAAAUGUUAACUGUUUUGUUAUAGAUAUUAUCUUUUCUUUGAUGUUUUUUAGAAACUUUUUUAUUUUUCAUAAGAAAAUAAAACAAAACCAACUACCUGCGUUAUAAUUUUUUCCAAGUACAUUUUCUGUGUUUAGUGUAUUAAAUUGUGAUAUAUUUAAGUUAUGCAAAACAGGAGGUUUUAAGCUACGCAACCAUAAAUAGAAACGUAUACCUGUACAAAGUAAUCCAUUAUUUGUGUGCAGUAUUAAGUCUUACAAAAUGGGUUUUCAUGUGUGGAUUUUAUAUUGUGUAGUCAACCACCAAUUCCUUCUGAGGGGUAAAUUUUAUUUGUUUUGUUAUUCCCUCUUGUGUACUAUUUUAUUUAAAUCCAUUUUAUAUUGUUUACCCGUUAUAAUUUUAUGAAUGGUUUAUUAUGUAUUUUAAAGAUUAACUAUAUAUUUGCAUGGCCUAUUGAGAUAUCACAGAAUGUUGCUGUUUAGACAUAUUAAUGUAAAUAUUUUAUUAAAAGAAUUGAAUUUUAACAAAUUUGUUAUUAUAAUAUGAUAUAAAUAAUGUAUAGUUAUGUGUAUGUCCUGAUCAAGUCAUUGAUAUUAAACAUGUGGUUGAAAACAUAUUUAUUUAUUAAGGAAGUUAUUUAAAUAUCAGUCAUCAGAAUAUGGAGUCACUUAAAAAAAAAAUACCACCAGUCAUCCACAAUACCACUUCUUACUGUGAUGUCAUUCCUAACUGGGUUAUAUCUAAUUUUAGAAUCUGAUUGUACAGGAUAUUAAAUGUUGGAAGACUUUUUCUGUGUAACCGGGAAGAAUUUACAUCUGAAUCUUGAUAUUAUUGAUUUUUUAAAUUUAUUUUUAUUAUUUAAAUACUCUUGAAGCUGUGCAUGUAUCCUGAAAUCCUUUUUCUUAUUGGAAAGAAUCAAGAAUCCAUGUUAAAGAUUUGCUGCUGUGAAUGAUAUUUAUUCUACAUAAUAAUUAACAAGCUUAUUGUUUUUGCACAGUGUUCUACAUACAAUGAAAUACAAUAUUUGAGUUAAACUAAAUUGCCAUUGAUGUUUGAGUUUUUAAUUUAUUAAUGUUAAGUUCCUGUAUGUUUUGUUAAAGGAAUGUUUCUCUUCCUGAUGUUACAAAUUAAAAUAAAUUUUGAAGAACUUAAA